AUGGUAGCAUGCGAUCAAUCUCCGUCCUGCACUCCCUCAUCCUGCACUCGAAAUCCCUCAACCAAGCGAAGCAACUCCACGCCCAAACCCUCCCUCCUCCUCCCCGCCCCCCCUCCCCUCCCCCUCCUCCACAACUCCCUCAUUCGCGCCCUCUCCGCUUCCCACCUCCCCAUCCUCUCUCUCCUCACUUACAACUCCCUCAUCCGGUCAGACCUCGCCCCCGAUGACCGCACCUACCCAUUAACCCUCAAAGCAUGUGCAGACUCCAAGUCCCUUCACAAGGGCAGAGAGCUGCACUCCUCCGUCACCAAGCUUGGGCUUGACUCCGAUACCUUCGUUGGCAAUACCCUUCUGAGCUUUUAUGGCGCGUGCGGGGAAUUGGACGACGCCCGCAAGGUGUUUGAUGAGAUGCGCCACAGAGAUGUCGUGUCGUGGAAUUCGAUUGUUUCGGUGAAUCUGAGCAAUGGGCGCUGGUUAGACUGUAUGGGUUGGUUUAGAAGGAUGGUGAGAUCGAGGGUUGAGGUCAAUGAGGUGAGCGUCGUCAGCGUUCUGCCUGCUGCCGGGGCGACGGGGAGCGAGGGGUUUGGGAUGGGGGUUCAUGGGUACGCGACGAAGCUCGGGCUGGCUUCUCAAAUUAGGGUUUCGAAUGCCAUUGUUGAUAUGUACGGGAAGUGCGGAGAAAUGGACGGUGCGGUUAGGGUUUUUUGCGGGAUGAAGGAGAGGAAUGAUGUGUCGUGGAAUUCAGUCCUUGGCAAUCUUGUUCAUGUUGGUAUGUUCGAAGAUGCGUUGAGAGUGUUUAGGGAUAUGCUUGUGAACGUUGAGGCGAAACCUAAUACCGUUACUAUAUCGAGCUUGCUGCCUGCGUUGGUCGAGUUGGGGUUGUUUCGCUUGGGGAGAGAAGUUCAUGGAUAUUGUGUGAGGAUCGUAAUUGAUUCCGAUGUGUAUGUUGCUAACUCUCUGAUCGAUAUGUACGCAAAGGGUGGGUGCAUGAACAAGGCUACUGAUGUUUUUGACAGAAUGAAAAUUAAGAAUGUGGUAUCGUGGAAUGCUAUGAUCGCCAAUCUCGCACAGAACGGUGCUCAUUUAGAAGCCAUCGAACACGUUAUCCAUAUGCAGAACAAUGGGGAUUGCCCAAAUUCUGUGACGUUUACGAAUGUUCUUCCUGCUUGCGCUCGAAUAUCCUCUUUAAACAAGGGGAAAGAGAUCCAUGCGUUGUCGAUUCGUGAUGGUUCGUAUCUCGACUUGUUUGUUUCGAAUGCUCUGAUCGAUAUGUACGCAAAAUGCGGAAGAUUGCAUACCGCACGACGAGUUUUCGAGGUUUCUGAUAGAGAUCAAGUCUCUUACAACACUUUGAUUGUUGGGUAUUCUCAGAGUUCGUGUUGCUCAGAAGCGCUUCAUCUUUUCCUCGAAAUGCAACUCGUGGGUCUCCGACACGACGUUGUUUCCUUCAUGGGCGCCCUCUCAGCCUGCGGCAACCUCUCAGCAUUCAAGCAGGGCAAGGAGAUACACUGCUUGUCAAUAAGGAAGUUUCUCGAUACCCACAUCUUCGUCUCAAACUCGCUCUUGGAUUUCUAUAUAAAGAGCGGGAGAAUCGACAUUGCAAGGAAAAUCUUCGAUAGGAUCCCUAAAAGAGAUGUAGCUUCAUGGAACGCGAUGAUUCUAGGGUACGGGGUGCAGGGUGAAUUAGAAAUGGCAAUAGGUUUGUUCGAUAUGAUGGAGAGCGAGGGCAUAGAGCAUGACCAUGUGUCGUUCAUUGCAGUGUUAUCAGCCUGUAGCCACGGCGGUCUAGUGGAAAGAGGGAAGAAAUAUUUCCAAAAGAUGCUGGUACGGAAUCUAAAGCCGAUGCAGAUGCAUUAUGCUUCUAUGGUCGAUACUCUAGGCCGAGCUGGGCUAUUGAGGGAGGCCGAGGAGUUGAUAAAGGGGAUGCCGUAUGAAGCUGAUUCUAAUGUUUGGGGAGCAUUGCUCGGGGCCUGUAGAGUUCAUGGGGAUAUAGAGAUGGGUCGGCGAGCAGCUGAGAGGUUGUUUGUACUGAAACCGGAGCAUUGCGGGUAUUAUGUUUUGAUGGCAAAUAUGUAUGCAGAGGUUGGGAGAUGGGAGGAAGCAGACAAGAUCAGAGGGCUGAUGAGGUCGAAGAGCGCGAAGAAGAACCCUGGAUGCAGCUGGAUUGAGACCGGGGACGGGGUGCAGGUGGAAGGAAAUGAGGAUGAAAGGAUGCAGUCCUGUAACUAUUUGAUGCUCUGAAACAAAUGAGUAGGCUGGAGGUGGUGCGUUUCUACAUUUGCUUGGUUGGUGCGUUCGCUAUGAACUGAAUAUGUUGAUGAUCUAGACUGUGGCGUCGAUGGAUACCAUGAGCACUAUCUGAGAAUUGUCGAGAUUGGAAAUCGUGAUCAGCAUCACUACUUUUAACAGAAUCAUAUACUCGUUCACCUCUUCCACACGCAGCGAUUUCUUCCCGUUGAUAUCGAUCUUAGUCGAUAAUGCAACCUCCAGCUUGUUGCUUAACUUAAGGAAGAGGAUCAGUGAGCCAGAAAACUAACAGCACAGCAAGACAAUGGCCGGUCAGGAGAGCUUGAAGUGGAACUGCUCCAACAUCAACCGAGCCGAUAUCAAGAAAGAAGAGGCCGUUUCAUCAAGAUGGGGGGCAAACUGUGUCAAGUUGGUGCAUGAGUAUAAUAAUAUUUGUGUUUGUAUC